AUGCUCCAACAAUUUGUAUUGUUAUUCAUAUAUCUGACAAUUGCGACCGCAAAGACAAUUACCGGUGUUUUUAACAGUUUUGACUCAUUGACAUGGACUAACUCCGGUAAUUAUGGCUUCAAAGGACCAGAGACUCCCACUUGGAAUGCAGUUUUAGGCUGGUCUUUAAAUAGUACUAUUGCAGACCCAGGUGACACAUUUACUUUGAUCAUGCCAUGUGUAUUCAAAUUCAUAACCACCCAAACAUCUGUUGAUUUGACUGUUGAUGGUGUUAAUUAUGCUACAUGUCUGUUUUAUUCAGGUGAAGAAUUUACGACCUUUUCAUCCUUAACAUGUACCGUGAACAAUGUUUUGACGCCAUAUGCUAUGGCUUCGGGUACCGUUACUUUACCCAUCUCAUUCAACGUAGGUGGAUCAGGCUCAUCGGUUGAUUUGGAAGAUUCUAAAUGUUUUACUGCUGGUACCAACACAGUUACAUUCAAUGAUGGUGAUACAAAGAUUUCUACUACUGUUGAUUUUGAUGCAUCUCCAGUAGCUUCCAGUGGCUACAUUACAAGCUCACGGAUUAUUCCAAGUCUUAAUAAAGUUUCAAGUCUUUAUGUGGUGCCAGAAUGUGAAAGCGGUUAUGCAUUUGGUGUAAUGGGGUUUGUAGCUAGCAACGGUGCUACUAUUGAUUGCUCAAAUGUUCAUAUUGGUAUAUCAAAAGGUUUGAAUGAUUGGAAUUUUCCAGUGUCAUCAGAAUCGUUUUCUUACACCAAAACCUGUACGUCAGCCAGUAUUACAGUUGAAUUCCAGAAUGUUCCAGCUGGAUAUCGUCCGUUUGUUGAUACGUAUAUUUCUGCAGAAAAUGUGGGUAGAUACACCUUGACGUAUGCUAAUGACUAUACCUGUAACAAUGGCUACUCUGUAGUUGAUCCAUUUACCUUAACAUGGUGGGGAUAUAAGAAUAGUGAGGCAGAUUCUGAUGGUGCUAUAAUCGUAGUUACAACCAAAACUGUUACAGACAGUACUACAGUUGUGACUACUUUACCUUUCAAUCCAAGUGUCGAUAAAACCGAAACAAUUGAAGUUUUGCAACCCAUUCCCACAACUACAAUUACAACUUCAUACAUUGGUGUUUCAACUUCGUAUCAAACAGAAACAGUAGCUAUCGGUGGUACUGCAACAGUUAUUGUUGAUAUUCCCUAUCAUAUCACUACUACAGUCACUAGCUUUUGGACAGGGUCAGUUACGACAACUACUACUCAUACUAAUCCUACUGAUUCUAUAGAUACCGUUAUUGUACAAGUUCCACUGCCUACAACUAUAACUAAAACUGAAUUUUGGUCAGAAUCGUAUGCAACUACAACCACUAUUACUAAUCCACCAGAUGGUACCAACACUGUCAUUAUCAAAGAACCACCCAAUCCUACUGUGACUACAACCGAGUUUUGGUCAGAGUCGUAUGCUACUACUACCACGAUCACGAAUCCACCAGAUGGCACUAAUAGUGUGAUUAUCAGAGAACCACCCAAUCCUACUGUGACUACAACCGAGUUUUGGUCAGAGUCGUAUGCUACUACUACCACGAUCACGAAUCCACCAGAUGGCACUAAUAGUGUGAUUAUCAGAGAACCACUCAAUCCUACUGUGACUACAACCGAGUUUUGGUCAGAGUCGUAUGCUACUACUACCACGAUCACGAAUCCACCAGAUGGUACCAACUCUGUCAUUGUUAAGGAGCCACCCAAUCCUACUGUGACUACAACCGAGUUUUGGUCAGAGUCGUAUGCUACUACUACCACGAUCACGAAUCCACCAGAUGGCACUAAUAGUGUGAUUAUCAGAGAACCACUCAAUCCUACUGUGACUACAACCGAGUUUUGGUCAGAGUCGUAUGCUACUACUACCACGAUCACGAAUCCACCAGAUGGCACUAAUAGUGUGAUUAUCAGAGAACCACUCAAUCCUACUGUGACUACAACCGAGUUUUGGUCAGAGUCGUAUGCUACUACUACCACGAUCACGAAUCCACCAGAUGGCACUAAUAGUGUGAUUAUCAGAGAACCACUCAAUCCUACUGUGACUACAACCGAAUUUUGGUCAGAGUCGUAUGCUACUACUACCACGAUCACGAAUCCACCAGAUGGUACCAACUCUGUCAUUGUUAAGGAGCCACCCAAUCCUACUGUGACUACAACCGAGUUUUGGUCAGAGUCGUAUGCUACUACUACCACGAUCACGAAUCCACCAGAUGGUACCAACUCUGUCAUUGUUAAGGAGCCACCCAAUCCUACUGUGACUACAACCGAGUUUUGGUCAGAGUCGUAUGCUACUACAACCACUAUUACUAAUCCACCAGAUGGCACUAAUAGUGUGAUUAUCAGAGAACCACCCAAUCCUACUGUGACUACAACCGAAUUUUGGUCAGAGUCGUAUGCUACUACUACCACGAUCACGAAUCCACCAGAUGGCACUAAUAGUGUGAUUAUCAGAGAACCACCCAAUCCUACUGUGACUACAACCGAAUUUUGGUCAGAAUCGUAUGCAACUACAACCACUAUUACUAAUCCACCAGAUGGCACUAAUAGUGUGAUUAUCAGAGAACCACUCAAUCCUACUGUGACUACAACCGAGUUUUGGUCAGAGUCGUAUGCUACUACUACCACGAUCACGAAUCCACCAGAUGGCACUAAUAGUGUGAUUAUCAGAGAACCACCCAAUCCUACUGUGACUACAACCGAGUUUUGGUCAGAGUCGUAUGCUACUACUACCACGAUCACGAAUCCACCAGAUGGUACCAACUCUGUCAUUGUUAAGGAGCCACCCAAUCCUACUGUGACUACAACCGAGUUUUGGUCAGAGUCGUAUGCUACUACUACCACGAUCACGAAUCCACCACAUGGUACUGAUACUAUAAUUUUUCGUAAAAAGGUUUUCAGUUCUGAUUCAUCAACAGAUAAAGUGAAUAGCGUGACAAUCCUCUCAUCAACUCCCGAUGAGAAGCUGGUAUCUAAUAUAUCUACUUUUUCAAGUGAUCCUGAUUCUACAUUUUUUGUGUCAACGUCCAUUCCAGUUUCUGUUUCAAAUGAAAGUAACACUCAGUAUUCUUUCAGCACAGUUGACAAAACAUCUUUAGAUUCUGACGUGCCUUCCUUCACUGGGAUGGGAUUUUUGUCUAGUUACACAACAGCAAGCAUUACACCAAGUAUAUCAAGUUUUGAAUCAAAGGUAUUUUCUUCAUCAGAAGCACAACCUAAUUUAGACUCUUAUUCAAGUGAUACUUUUGUUACUUCGAUUUCGGUUAUAACGGAAGCAUCUUACGACAAAAGUUCCACUAGUGUAUCAUCGACAUUCUCAACCUUGCAUUUUUCUUCAUACUCCUGGUCAUCAAGUUCCAUUUCACCCUUUACUCGUCCACAUUAUGUCAACUUCACGACCUCCAUUUUACCAAGAUUUGAAUCAUCUUCUGCUUACUCAUCAACUGCUAGUGCUGUCACUUCCAUUGAUACUAAUAUUGAUACAUCACUGUCUACGACUUUGGUGGCACAAUCAAGUUCUGACUCAGAAGCACAAUGUAAUGAUAUCGGUGGUUGUACUAGUGUUACACAGUCUUCUGAUAUAAUGGUAACACCAAGCAAGAGUGGUAGAAUGGUCAUAUCAAACUCUGCCCAUUUAACGAUCACGCACCUAUACUCGGAAUCGGAAUCAGAAUUGACAUCUGGUGCUAUUCAAACUGAAUCAACUGAUUGGUCUUUAAUAUCAGGAAAGUCAAAUAAACCAGAAUUCACUAGUACAAUUUCAGAGGAAAGCUCAUAUUCGUUAUCUGACCCGACAACUUCAUCAACUGGAUACCCAAUUCUGUUUAAAAGUGAAAAGGAAAGCCAUACCAGUUCCUAUGCUUCAAGAAUAUCUUCUUACGAAACAAGUGUUGAAGUAAGCAUCAGCUCUAGCGUUUCGUCGGAAAAGGAAAUUGGCUCUACCGAUAAAUCUGUUAUUUCGUCAGUUACUGUUUUUCCAAGCUCUGGAACAACUUUUAAAUCAACAACUGGUACGACAUCAAUUUCUGAAUCCACAACUACUGGGACACCGUCUUUUGUGUCUUUAACUACUCGAUUAAACAUAACCAAAACAACCAGUGCUGAGACAUCAGCUUUUGAUGAACUGAGCUUUAAAAGCUCAGUCGUUAAAGUGUCAUCUUCAGAAUUAAUAAGUAAAGAAGCAACUACAGAAGCAUCAUCAUUUGUGUCAGCGACCACUGAUUUAGAUACAACUGGUAUAACCAUUGAAACUUCUGUUUCUGGUGAACUGAGCUCUGAAUCGUUGUCAGAACUGAUAACCAAAGCAGCAGUCCCUAGAAUAAGGUCUUCUGGUUUCGCAACUAGCAGCUCCACAACUAUUGAAUCCACAAUUUCUGAAUCAUCAAUAAUUGCUGUUUCAUCAUCAUUUUUGUCAACAACUACCACAUUAAAUACAGCUGGAACAACAACAAUCGAAACACCAGUCAUUAAGAAGCUGGGCUCUGGAUUAUCAACCCUUAAAGUCACGUCAUCAGAAUCGGUAAGCAAAAGAGAAACUACUGAAACAAUUUUAACUAGAUCUACAGCUACUGAAUUGACUUUCACUGGAUCACCUUCUUUUAUAUUGACAACUACCGACUUGGACAUAACUAAAACAACAAUUACUGAAGCUUCAGCUACUAGGGAAUUAACCUCUAGAUCAUUAGUCGUCAGUACCUCGUCACUAAGUAAAGGAGAACCUACUGGAACCAUAACUUCUGGAUUGUCAGCUUCCCAAUCAUUAACAACUACAAAAGCAUCCAAUGGCACGACUACUGAAAUAUCUUCUACAGAGUCAUUAACCACAGACAUUCAAAGUUUUACAUCAAUAACAGCUGAACAAGAAAAUUCUGAAACACAACGCUUUGAGUCAAAAACAAAUGGAGAGCCAUAUUCAGAAACACAGAGUACUGAAUCGUCUACAGCUAACUCACAAGCUUCUAGAACUGGGUAUUCCAAGUUUCUGAUCCUGGAAUCGGUAAUAUCAAAAGAUGAACGUACCUUAAUGUCGACCAUCGAGCAUUCAAUUACUACCCAAACAUCCACUCAAUAUCAAGAUUGUUCGUCAACUCCAGAAGUGCCAAUUUCUGAAGAAUCCGGCAGCAAACUAUCAAUCACUGACAGCAAGACUGAUCAAUCAGCAACUCGACUUAGCACUCAGUUUGAUGGUAUUGAAACGCUGACAUUUUCAAACACAUCAGUGGCCUUAAAGUAUUCAAAAACACAUUCAGACUUGGUUAAUUCUAAUGAAGUCAUUGGUUCUUCAACAAAAGCAGGUUUUAAUGUGAUGACAAAAACUUCAAUUUCCCACACAACAUAUUCUGCAUUGAAUCCAUCUGUUUCUUUUGAUACGACUGUUUUAUCUUCGACCACAUUAGAUGAUUCUACUACCACUUUUAGUUCCAUAGCUGUCAAUACUCAAGGCACAUUAAACUCCUCAAUUAUCGACAAACACUUACACGGAUUUGCAACUAUUAGCAUUGGAUCAAAUGGUGGACAUUCCCAUUCUAGCACGACUUCAACAUCUGCUAUUACAGAUAACAACAGCUUCACAUUUAAUACUCAACAGACUACAUUGAGUCAGCUGGUGGCUUCAUCUUUACCCAACACAGUUAUUGCCACUACAUAUGAUGGCUCUGGUUCUACUAUCCAACAUUCUGCUUGGUUCUAUAGAUUGAUUACAAUCUUAUUCUUGUUUAUUUAG